AUGGCGGCAACUUCGAGGCCAGUCCCGAAGCCCUCUGAAGAAUCAACUUUGCGUAUCGGCGACUUAUCCGAGAAGGCGAAAAAACUCAUCGCCCAGCGGCUCAAGGGCUGUGAUCUCCCGGUGGUCAAGGCAAUUAGGCGUGAAGGUGUGUGCAUACCUAAACCUGGUCGGUGUACCUACCCGCUCAAAAAUGAUACUGAGCGGAAGGCGGCAGCAUGGCUCGUCAAGUCCAUGGAGGAAGACGGUAUUUUGGAAGAGAUAACCCCAAAUUCAUACAAGUACUUCCGUAACACACACUUCAACCCACUCUUCUUAGUACCCAAACCUGGGAACGUCACUGAGGAACCCCUCACCAAGGAGAAUGUCGCCGACCGCUAUCGCAUGGUGGUUGAUUCUCGCAAAGCCAAUGUUGCAACGGCUCCUCUGGGAGGAGACUGGAAACAAUACCUCUCUUCUGUCGAUGAUGUUCUUCGGAGUAUCCCGUGGUCCAAAGACGGUCGCGUGACUAACCGCGAGAAGCCGUCUCGGUUCUUUGCCACUGUGGGCGUCAAGGCGGCAUACUGGAGAAUGCACUAUGAUGAAGAUUCGUCACCACUACUCGGUGCAGCUGUUCAGCUUCCAGACGACCGUACAGGCGAGAUAAAGACUCGUUACUUUCUUCAUAAAGCUCUUAUCAUGGGAUGGGUCCGCUCUGCUGCAUGA